UGAUGAUCAAACUGUGUCGUUUUUAAAUAUUUAUAUGGCUGUAUUUGCAGAUUGAAACGAUGCGUAAAGAGUUGAGCCUGCUUUUUUCUUUUUUUUUUUUCUUUUCUUUUUCUAAGCGCUAACACACAUUCGCGGCUAUUUUAGUAAUUAGCCGGGCUCUUCCGCUACCCGAACCCCUCAAAACUACAUCUCCCAGCAUGCUCUAAAGCUGGUCUGACCUCAUCUCAAAUGGCCCCGUAGGGCAACAAGGAUGGUUAGUUUUGACCGUGCUUAUUUGUGCCAUAAAAUAUUGAUCCUAAUUGGCUGCUAUUUGGGCUUUUAUAUUUGCCGGCCUCCCGUUUUUGAGCCGUGGUCACUAAAUGAAGAGAUUCUGGCCUGGGAAGGCCCAUGCAUUCCUUCAAUUGGAUGGGGAGCAGGGACAGUGUCUCUGGCGACAGCGCGAAUAGGAGGGAAUGUUGACCAGGGAGCACCGCUGCGGCCGUUCAGAGGAGCAGGAACCGGAGCCCGGGUUGAGUCCGAAAAAAGCCGGAUCCAGACGGCGACUCCGGAACGGCUGCAACUGGAAGAUGGAGGAGCCGGAGGAACCGGCGGACAGUGGGCAGUCGCUGCCUCCAGUUUACAUCUACAGUCCCGAGUAUGUCAGCAUGUGCGACUCCCUGGCCAAAGUCCCCAAACGGGCCAGCAUGGUACAUUCUUUGAUUGAAGCAUAUGCACUGCAUAAGCAAAUGAGGAUAGUUAAGCCCAAAGUAGCUUCCAUGGAGGAGAUGGCCACCUUCCACACUGAUGCCUAUCUGCAGCAUCUCCAGAAGGUCAGCCAAGAAGGAGAUGACGAUCAUCCAGACUCCAUAGAAUAUGGGCUAGGUUAUGACUGCCCAGCCACUGAAGGAAUAUUUGACUACGCAGCAGCUGUAGGAGGGGCCACCAUCACAGCUGCGCAAUGCCUGAUUGACGGAAUGUGCAAAGUAGCAAUUAACUGGUCCGGAGGGUGGCAUCAUGCAAAGAAAGAUGAAGCAUCUGGUUUUUGUUAUCUCAAUGAUGCUGUCCUGGGAAUAUUACGAUUGCGACGGAAAUUUGACCGUAUUCUCUAUGUGGAUUUGGAUCUGCACCAUGGAGAUGGUGUAGAAGAUGCCUUCAGUUUCACCUCCAAAGUCAUGACAGUGUCCCUGCACAAAUUCUCCCCGGGAUUUUUCCCAGGAACAGGUGACGUGUCUGAUGUUGGCCUAGGGAAGGGACGGUACUACAGUGUAAACGUACCCAUUCAGGACGGCAUACAGGACGAGAAGUAUUACCACAUCUGUGAAAGUGUACUAAAGGAGGUCUACAUAGCCUUUAAUCCAAAAGCAGUGGUCUUACAGCUGGGAGCUGAUACGAUUGCUGGGGAUCCCAUGUGUUCCUUUAACAUGACUCCAGUGGGAAUUGGCAAAUGUCUUAAGUACAUUCUUCAGUGGCAGUUGGCAACACUCAUUCUGGGAGGAGGAGGCUAUAACCUUGCCAACACGGCUCGAUGCUGGACAUACUUGACCGGGGUCAUCCUAGGGAAAACACUAUCCUCUGAGAUCCCAGAUCAUGAGAUCAACAGAUGGUGGAUCAGAAAAUAUUUACUGAGCACCCAUUGUGUGCCAGGCACCAUGGUAGGUGUCUUAGAAGAUGCAAAGACACUAAGACCACAUCUCUUCCCUUACCUCAAGCAGCCUGGGAGGGAGGCUAGUGUAAGUUCUAGGGAGACAAGUAGAUAUACAAAUAAUUGUAUUACAGAGCAGAGUAAGAACCACAAGACAGCAGGAACAAUGACUGUGGAGAUGGGCAUCAUAAAUGAAAGGGAUACUAAGGAGUGUACAAAAUACUCUGCCCUCCAGGAGCUGAAAAUAUAAUUGAGAAAUCUAGUCAGUGAAAAGGUCAAGAUAGUGCAGCAGUCAGCUGUAGUCUGGCUGACACCCCACUGUCUUCACUUUCAGUCUUGGACUUGUGUUCUUCUGUGUCCUAGUGUAAUAAUCUUCCUCCUCCAGAUGCUCUUUCCCCAUCUAUCUCUUGUCUUCCUAGUGGCAGCUUCAAGCCCUGUGCCUUUAAAAAUCCCUUACCUAAGUAUACCAAGGCCCUUUGAGUUCUUCCUUCACAUUCAUUUAUUCCUUCAUUCAUUUAACAAAUAUUCAUUGAGUACCUACUAUUUGCCAGGCCCUUAUUCAGACUUGAAUUCAGAGAUUCAAAGACUAGCAAGUCAACCCAGUGCCCUCAAAAGUUUCACCAUCUAAUAAAGGUGACGGAACAAUGUACCCAAAUCCAGGACAGUUGUGAAUAGAAGAAAUGUUUCACCAAGACUUUGAACUGAAUCUUGGAGGUUUGUUCAGAGUUUGCCAGGUGAAGAAGAGCGAAACACAUUCUAGGCAAAGAGAAUAAGGUUUGAAAAGGAUCUGGUCCCUCAUGGGACAAGUGAGAAGUUUGAUAUGGUAGUAGAACAUAAAAUUUAUGA